AUGAUGAAUUUAAAGAAACAAAUCCUCUCAAAAACCCUCUCUUCCUAUCAAGGCUUUAUUGAAACAAACCAAACAACUUCAAAGCAUGUUGCUGCAAAGAAGGCUAUUUCUCCAACAAUAUACGGAACAACAGGAGCCUCUCUCCAUCAAGAAACAAGUUCUGUUUCCAUGAGUAUGACUCAUGGCCUCCAAGAGCAAAUGAUAUCAAGCGUUAAGAAUGGGAUAUCGGAACUUGAAGCAGUCGUGAGCAGUAGCUCUCAAACCACAGCAACAUUGGGAAUUCCAUCCACAGCCAUCUCAUCGAGCUCUUCUUCCGCUACUACUACUGCUACGAGUACUACUGGAGCUUCAUCUUUGUUAAACACUUCUGCAUUGGCUUCAGCAUCCAUGGCUUCUUCUGCGUCGUCGUUGGAGACUUCUCCUCUCUCGAAAGAUCUUUAUUAUACAGUGAAGGACAAGACAUUUAGAUUCCUUUCACUGAGGGAUAACUUUUCACUUCCAUUACUGACGAAAAUAUAUAAUGAAAUUAUGAUUCCAAACUUUCCUAUUGAAUCCGAGUUGGAUCCGCUCGAAGUUUGGAUUAAUAAUUUAACUCAUAAGGGAGGUCGUAUAUUUGUUCCACUUAUGCACAUCAUGGUUGCUUUUGAAAUUGAUAGCAAUGACAACAAUGCAUUGAAAGAUGAAAACAUUGCAGGUAUUUCAGUAUUUGAAUAUUAUGAAAUGUCUCAAUGUGCUUUGCUGUCAUACUUUGUCGUUUGUGAAAAGUACAGAAAUUAUGGAUUGGGAAAGACAUUAGUUUAUCAAGCCUAUGAAUAUUGCAAGAAUGAAUUAUAUGCAAAGAGAAAGGCAAAUAGAUGGGAAGCAUUAAACAAUGCACUCAUGCAUGUAAGAAAUUGGCAUGUUGGAGAUGACGACGGUGCUACCAUUGUGCAAUUAACAAAAACUCAAAAAGGACAGCUACAAUUUGCUCAACAGUAUAUUCAAUUAUGUCUUCACAAUGCUCAGCUUAAAGCUCAAAAUGUAGACAUCAAACAUAUUCUUGACAGUGAAGAGGAUGAAUUUUAUUUCUUUGCAGAGACAAAUGCUAUUGGUGUGCAUGAUGGAGUAAUGGCAUCUGAGCAAAGACAUAAGAUUAUGAGAAAUAUUGGAUUUUGUGUUGUAGAUUUUGAAUAUAUUCAACCUCCAGUUUGUACAGAUGAGGACGCCAUGUACUGUGACGAUUUGCUUCUUCUUUCUUUGGAGGUGGAGAAUGACAGAUGCAGGAUAAAAUCGACGGAACCAAUUAGACAUGUUCCAAGAUUUAAGCUGAAAUGUUGGACUUUGGAGUUGCUUUAUACUGUAUUCAGAGAGAUUUAUCCACACAUUUUUGCUGAUUAUUUCCAAUAUCAAUGGCAGGAUCUAGAUGCUAGAGGCCCAAGAAUACCAAUAUUUACUGACCUAGAAAAGUGGAAGAGAAGAACAAGGCUUGAAAAUUAUAAGAGAGACGAGAAUUUAUUGUCCAAAUUGUAG